AUGGCGCAAAGCAAGGCGACGAAGAAGUUCGAGAAGCGUCACCUCAAGGACACGCUCGAGAAGCGGAAUGGGCUGAAGAAGACGAAGCAAAAGCAGCAGCUCAAGGCGAGGAAGAAGGCGAGGAGGGCGGAGGAGGAGGGGCGGGAUGGGCGGAGCGAAGACAAGGACGCCCAGGCGCAGAGUACGACGGCGAAGGCGAGGGCGAAGGCGGCAUCGGGUCAGGAUGCGUUCAAAGACAUGAGCGUCGACGACUUCUUCCAAGGCGGCUUUGAGGUGCCCGAGUUGCCGAAGCAGAAGGGCAGUAAGCGGAAGCGGCAGGAGGCGGAGGAUGAUGCGGAUGAAAGGGGUGAUGAUGAGGAGGCAGGGGAAGCGGACUCGGAGGAUGAGGACGAUGUGGACGACCACCGACAACAACUCGACGCUCUGGCGGAGAACGACCCGGAGUUCCACAAGUACCUGCAAGAGAACGAGCCCGAACUUCUCGACGCCGAACUCGCGGAGAUUGGUGAGCUCAGCGAAGACGACAAUGAUGAUGACCAGCCGAAGCGCAAGAAGCGAAAAUCAGACGCCACCGACACCGACGCAAGCGACAACGAUGAGACCGACGGCAUAGGAAACAACGACCUCGACAUGCCCACCCUCACCCGCUGGCAAAAGGCCCUAACCGACCACCACUCCCUCCGCGCCGCCAAGGAACUCGUCCUCGCCUUCCGCUCCGCCGCCCAUGUCUCCGAAGCCUCCGAUGACAACACGACGCAAAAGACCUAUAAAUACUCCAUCUCCUCCCCCACCGUCUACCACGCCCUCCUCACCACCGCUCUCACCCAGAUCCCACAAAUCUUCGCCCACCACCUCCCACCCACCCAAACCAAGUCCGGGAAGUCCCAGGUUCAGACCGCGUCAAAGAAGUUCAAGACUCUUGCCCCACUCCUCCGCUCACACAUAGCGAGUAUACUGCACCUGCUCUCCCACCUCUCCGACGCCGCCACCCUGCGCCUUACGCUAUCCUCCACCCUCCCUCUCCUUCCCUACCUCCUCUCCUUCAAGAAGCUUGUCCGCGACCUCGCCCGCUCCGCCGCAACCGUCUGGUCCACCGCCAGCAACGCCGAAAGCGUCCGGGUGGGCGCUUUCCUCAUCCUACGCCGUCUCGUCGUGAUGGGGGAUGCGGGGAUAAGAGAGAAUGUGCUCAAAGCCGCUUAUCAAGCGCUCAUCAUGUCGGCGCGGAAUACAACCAUACAUACCCUGCCUGGCGUAAACCUGAUGAAGAACUCCGGCGCCGAGCUUUGGGGUGUCGCUGCCUCGGAGGGCGACGGGGUGGCCUACACAACCGCGUUCACAUUCAUCCGACAACUAGCCAUCCACCUCCGCACCUCCAUCGCCAACCCGGGAAACGAAAGCUACAAAACAGUCUACAACUGGCAGUACAUCCACGGUCUGGACUUCUGGUCGCGCGUCCUCGCCUCCCACACCACCCCCACCGACUCCAAAUCGUCAUCCUCGACUCUCCGCCCGCUCAUCUACCCCCUCGUCCAACUAACCCUCGGCGCCCUCCGUCUCAUCCCCACAGCGACUUACUUUCCCCUCCGCUUCCACUUGAUACGGUCCUGCCUCCGCAUCAGCGUGGCGACGGGGACGUACAUCCCGCUCGCACCCGCGCUGUAUGAGGUACUAAAUUCGGCCGAAAUGCGGCGGACGCCGAAGUCGAGUACGCUCAAACCGCUGGACUUCGCGACGAGUAUCCGUGCGCCGGGGGCGUAUUUGAGGACGCGGACGUAUCAGGAUGGGGUGGGCGAGCAGGUUGUCGAGUUAUUCGCCGAGUUCUUCGGGCUUUACGCGAAGAACCUCGCGUUUCCGGAGUUGUCGCUCGCGCCGGUGGUGGCGUUGAAACGCUGGCUCAAGGAUGUGCAAGCUCGAGGACCGGGGAAGGGGAAUCGGAACCAAAAGGUCAACAGUGCGGUGCAAGUGCUGGUGCAGAAGGUGGAGGCGAAUUCGCGAUGGGUGGAGGAGAGGAGGAGGAAGGUUGAGUUUGCUCCGGAUGAUCGGAGGGGGGUUGAGGGGUUUUUGGCGGAGGUGGAGUGGGAGAAGAGUCCGUUGGGGGCGUAUGUGGUGGGCUUGAGGAGGGGGAGGGAGGAGAGAGUGAAGGUGGUCGAGGAGGGGCGGAGGAGGGAGGAGGUGAGGGAGAGGGCGGGGAAGGGUGGAAAGGGGAGGGAUGCUGGGAGGGCGAGGCAGAGAGGUGAUAGGGUAGAGGAGGAGGAGGGUGUAGAUGGUGAGGAGGAUGAGGGUGAGGAUGAGGGUGAGGAUGGAGAGGACGGGCUGUUCGAUGGCAUCGAUGAUGAUGAUAAUGAGGAUGAGGGUAGCGAGUAA